UUCAUAACUGAAAUGGGUCAAAACUGCGAUACUGUCGAUGAAUUUGAUGCCAAGUUGAAGGAAAAUGCUUCCCAUGAAAAAGAGCUCAGAGGUGACAAAUGGGUCAUAAUUGAAAUGGGUCAAAACUGCGAUGCCGUCGAUGGAUUGCUGUAUCAGGAAGAGGGUGCAGAGGAAGAGCUUGAGAUCGAGCUAAAUGAGGAUGUACCGGCUUUUCUGAACGGCCAGAGUAGGUAUUCAGUGGAUAUGUCACCUGUGAAAAUCUUUAAGAAUCCAGAAGGGUCAUUGAGUCGGGCAGCUGCACUACAGUCUGCUCUCAUUAAGGAGCGUAUGGAAGUACGGGAGCAGCAGCAACGAACUAUGCUGGAUUCCAUUCCCAAGGAUCUCAAUCGUCCAUGGGAAGAUCCAAUGCCAGAGACGGGUGAGAGGCAUCUUGCACAAGAGCUUAGGGGUGUUGGUUUGUCAGCCUAUGACAUGCCCGAGUGGAAGAAGGAUGCUUUUGGGAAAACGAUCAGUUUUGGGCAGAGGUCAAAGCUUUCAAUUCAGGAACAAAGGCAGAAAUAUUUGAUAACACAUUCAUAACACUCUCAUCACAUUUCCUGAUCAGGAAGACAUGUUGAUUGUAAAGGAUGAAAUAUUUGGUCCUGUUGUGGGGCUCAUGAGUUCAAGACUAGCAGCAGGUGUUGUCACAAAGGACUUGAAUGUGGCCAACACUGCUUCGAGAUCAAUCCGUGCCGGCACCAUAUGUAUCAAUUGCCACUUUGCUUUGAGGUCCUCCACAAGUAUCUCCAAGUGAAAUCUGUUAUAACUCCUAUAUAUAACUCUCCUUAGCUCUGAGCUAAUACAUCAAUGGACAGCGAAGGUCAUUUUAUCCUUGUUCCUUUCAUUUUUCCCCUCUGUUUGUUCAUAUAUGGAAAAAAAAUGCACGUUCUGGUGUGCUGAAUGCUUAAAUGUUAUAGUGAAUAAUGGUAAACUUUGAUUUUGCUUUGUAUAUUUGUCUGGUACUAAGCUUGUAUACUAUGCAAAACUGCUUACAUGGCUGCACUAAAGAUUGUUGAAUAUGCAAUAAAACUUUUA